AAAGAACCAUCACCACCAAAUCCAGAACUGGAUAAGCCGUGGAGAAAAUUUGACUGGAGUAAGAAAGAAGCCCUAAAAGAAAAGCUGGAAAACUUUUCAUUCUGUAACCCAGAUGUAAAAGACAUCAAGAUCCUGGUAGUUGGACAAGUUGGAGCAGGAAAGUCCAGCUUUAUUAACUCCCUCGAUAGUGUCUUUCAAGGGCGAAUGUCCUCUAGAGCGCUAGUUAGUGGAUCUAUUGAUGCUAACAGUCAUAGUUUCACUAAAAAGCUCACAGCAUUCACUAUCAAAAGUGGGAAGAAACAUUUGCCCUUCACCUUCAAGGACGUCAUGGGCUUAGAAAGUAAAAUGUCUGAUGGGUCGCUACCAGAAGACAUCAUCAAUGCAGUAUUUGGCUGUGUCAAGGAUGGCUAUAAGUUUGAUGAGAAGGAGCCAAUCACUAGUAAGGAUCAGCAUUAUAACAGUGACCCUGAGCUCCACAACCAGUCUUUUUGCCUGGUUUACGUCAUAGCUGCAGAUACAAUCCAGUUUGCAGAUGAUCGAGUCAUUGACAAGCUGAGGAUCAUCCGCGAGAGAAUCAGUAAUAAGGGGAUUCCUCAAGUGAUUGUCAUGACUAAAGUGGAUGAAGCAUGUCCACUUGUCAAAAACGAUAUAAGGAAGGUCUACACUAGCAAGAAGAUCAAAGAGAAGAUCGAUUUGUGCCAUAUCAAAACUGGUGUGCCAUUGACAAACAUCUACCCAGUGAAGAACUACCAUGAUGAGAUUGAAACAGAGGAUGACAUUGAUGUUCUGCUACUAAAGGCACUUGAACAGAUCGUUCAGUUUGCUGAUGAUAGAUUGGAUGAUAGUGGAAUGUAUUGAAAAAAGUAAAAUCAAGAAAAAAUGUGAAUAAUGCAGUUACUCUGCAAGUUCAACAAGUUCUUUUUUUCAGCAUGUAUCUAUUUAGCCUUACAGUGAGGGUAUUAGCGUAUCUGGAGAGAUAUGUACGACCAGAAUAGCAGAAUGUUUAAUAACUUUAUACCAAC